GCACCUCGCUCUGCAGCGGAGACGCUGGUGGGAGGGUUUAUUCCAGCCGGGCAGACAUCCGAACAGCAGUUCUGCACAUAUUGUGAGCCAUGGCAUCUUCCCUCAAGAGUUUGGUUAAUGAUGAUGACCGAUACCAGAAAUCCUUCCAGCUUUUUUUGGAGCGCUCGUCUGAACACCAGUGUAUGCGGGACUUCAUCCACAAUAAACUGCCAGAUAUACUGGCCAGCGUUGGAGAUGGAAAGUCACAUCUGGAUGUCAUUGGAGUUGGAAGUGGAGCUGGUGAGAUUGACCUAGAGAUGCUCUCUGAGCUCCAUAAGAAGCACCCAGGGGUGACGGUGGAUAACGAGGUGGUGGAGCCUAGUAAUAAAUAACUAAGUAAUUAUCUGUCUGCAGUUUUAGUGUCACAGAAACCAGAUUUAGAUUACAUCAAGUUCAACUGGAACACGAUGACUGCCUCUGAGUUUGAGGAGCACUGGAAAGCCGAAAAGGCCACCAAGAAGGUGGACUUCAUUCACAUGAUACAGAUGCUAUACUACGUGAAGGAUCCCGAAGCAACUGUCAGAUUCUUCCAGAGUCUUCUUGGUAAAAAUGGGAAGCUUCUCAUAAUUCUAGUGUCUGGCAAGAGUGGUUGGGGGAAGCUAUGGCGGACCUACAGAGCACAGCUGUGUCAACCCGACAUAAGUCAUUGUGUGACCACUGGAGACAUCAAAAGCUUCCUGGACUCCAAGGGAGUGCCUUACCAGAGCUAUGAGCUGCCAUCUCAGAUGGAGAUCACCGAGUGUUUCACUGAAGGGGAUGAGAAGGGAGAGCUGCUUCUUGAUUUUCUCACUGAGGUGCUGGAUUUCAGUAACACAGCUUCACCUGAGCUCAGAGCUGGUGUCCUGGAGAUGCUUCGGCACCCAGACUGUAGUGUAGAGUCCAACGGUAAAGUUCUCUUCAACAACAACCUUGAAGCAAUAGUACUAGACCAGCUCUCCUGCCAGUAGCAUAUGCUUGUCUCAAAGAUUAAGCCAUGCAGGUCUAAGUACACGCGGCCGGUACAGUAAAACUGCGAAUGGCUCAUUAAAUCAAGUCAGUAUAGUAAAUGUAGAUGGAUCAGAUUGUUUGAUUUAUUUUGCACUUGAUGUAUAUAACAAGCUGGGUAGAGGAUAUCUACACACCUGCUUCCGUUUAUAUAUUUUGUCUACUUACUAAUAAAAUAAUGAGUCCAUA